GGAAGCGGGGCCUAAAUUGCGGAGACGUCGGAAGGGGAAGAGCGGCGGCGGCGGGUCGGUCUAGCCUGAUCUUCAGCGGGGAGCACAAUGGGGCGAGGAGGUGGCACCUUCGAGCGCCUUUUAGAUAAGGCUACAAGUCAGCUUCUGCUGGAGACAGACUGGGAAUCUAUUCUACAGAUCUGUGAUAUGAUCCGUCAGGGAGAUACCCAGGCUAAGUAUGCUGUGGGUGCAAUUAAGAAAAAAGUCAAUGACAAGAAUCCUCAUGUGGCGCUCUAUGCACUAGAGGUUUUGGAAUCUGUAGUAAAGAAUUGUGGUCAGACAGUCCAUGAUGAGGUGGCUAACAAGCAGACCAUGGAGGAAUUGAAGGAAUUGUUCAAGAGACAAGUUGAAGCAAAUGUUCGCAACAAGAUCCUGUACCUGGUCCAAGCAUGGGCCCAUGCCUUCCGCAAUGAGCCCAAAUACAAGGUGGUCCAAGAUACCUACCAGAUCAUGAAGGUAGAAGGUCAUGUUUUUCCAGAAUUCAAAGAAAGUGAUGCGAUGUUCGCCGCAGAAAGGGCUCCUGAUUGGGUGGAUGCAGAAGAAUGCCACCGGUGCCGUGUUCAAUUUGGGGUGAUGACUCGCAAGCAUCAUUGUCGGGCCUGUGGGCAGAUCUUUUGUGGAAAAUGCUCAUCCAAAUAUUCCACCAUCCCCAAGUUUGGCAUAGAGAAGGAAGUACGAGUAUGUGAGCCUUGCUAUGAACAUCUCAACAAGAAGGGAGAAGGAAAAGGAUCUACUAGCACAGAACUUCCUCCGGAAUACCUGACCAGCCCUCUUUCACAACAGUCCCAGCUGCCCCCAAAGCGUGAUGAAACUGCCCUGCAGGAGGAGGAAGAGCUACAGCUGGCAAUUGCACUUUCCCAGUCUGAAGCAGAGGAAAAGGAAAGGAUGAGGCAGAAAAGCACAUACUCUACCUACCCCAAGGCUGAACCCACACCAAUCACCUCUUCAGCACCUCCAGGCGGUACCCUCUAUUCCUCUCCUGUGAAUUCCUCUGCACCUCUAGCUGAGGACAUUGAUCCUGAGUUGGCUCGAUACCUGAAUCGCAACUUUUGGGAAAAGAAGCAGGAGGAAGUGCGCAAGAGCCCCACCCCUUCAGCCCCACUGUCUAUGGGGGAGCCAGCAACCCAAGCUACUGAAGUCCCACCUGCCCCACUUACUGUUGUGGAGCAGCAAUAUCAGAACGGUGAGACAGAUGAGAGCCAUGAGCAGUUUCUGAAAGCUCUGCAGAAUGCGGUCACCACCUUUGUCAACCGUAUGAAGAGCAACCACCUGCGAGGGCGGAGCAUUACCAAUGAUUCGGCAGUUCUUUCUGUCUUCCAGUCCAUCAACAGCAUGCACCCCCAGCUCUUGGAGCUACUGAACCAAUUGGAUGAGCGUCGCUUAUAUUAUGAGGGACUUCAAGAUAAACUUGCCCAGAUCCGGGAUGCACGUGGAGCCUUAAAUGCCCUGAGAGAAGAGCACAGAGAAAAGCUGCGCCGAGCUGCAGAGGAGGCAGAGCGUCAACGUCAGAUCCAGCUAGCUCAAAAACUGGAGAUCAUGCGGCAGAAGAAGCAGGAAUAUUUGGAGAUGCAACGGCAGUUAGCCAUCCAGCGCCUUCAAGAGCAGGAAAAGGAACGCCAGUUACGGUUGGAGCAACAGAAGCAAACAAUCCAGAUGAGGGCACAAAUGCCUGCUUUCUCCUUGCCGUAUGCGCAGCUACAGGCCAUGCCUCCUGCCAGCGGAGUGAUCUACCAACCAUCAGGACCCACAAGCUUCCCAGGCACCUUCAGCCCAGCCAGCUCUGUGGAGGGCUCACCCAUGCACACUGUCUACAUGAGCCAGUCCACCCAGGGCAGUACAGGACCCUACACUGCGAUGCCUGUGGCAGGAGCAGACCCCGGCAUGGUGAGCACCUACAUGUACACCACAGGCAAUAAUAAUGCACAACCAGCUCCACAGGGACAGGCAGCGCCCACGACAAAUCCUGCUUAUUCUUCCUAUCAGCCCACACCUACGCAGGGCUACCAGAAUGCAGCUGCCCCUUCCCAAACGCAGACAAUGCCUGCCAUGACACAAGCGGCUCCCCAGUCUGGGGGUACUAUGGGUUACAUGGGCAGUCAGUCAGUGUCAAUGGGAUACCAGCCCUACAAUAUGCAGAACCUUAUGCCAACUCUCCCUGGCCAGGAAUCUGGUCUGAGUAGCCUGCCACCCCAGCAGCCUUACCUGUCAGGACAACAGCCUAUGUAUCAACAGAUGGCACCCUCCGGAGGGCCUCCACAACAACAGCCUCCUCCCCAGCAGACACCUCCCCAUGUGCAGCAAGUGCAAGGGGGAAGUGGAGAGGCUCAGCUUAUUUCUUUUGACUAAUCUUUUGGGUUACAAGGCAAGGGAGGGAUGGGUUUCUAAAACAUUGUAAAGCUAUAUCAUUUCUUGGUCACUGCUGUACUUGCUACACCAUUGCUGUUCCUUUGUGCUGUUCCUACAAUGGGGAGAGAGGAGAGGAGAGUUGAGCCCUUGGUGUUGGGUAAUUUCCCACUGUCUGCAUUUUUCCAUCCCACCUGUCUAAAAUGCUGCUAGGAUCAAGAAUCUGUAACACCCUAUAUGCUGCUACUCAGCUGUGGAGAGAUAGUGGCCCACAGCCCAACUCACCUAGCUUUUCAUUACUUGGAUAGCAGAGCUUAGUUCUCAAGCAGUCACUGGUAUGUAGAUCAUUCAAGAAACUGUUCUCUUGUGGGGAAAAUAGCAUUUAAGCAUGCUCAAGUCAGAAUUUAUGAGAUCCAGUGUAUGGCAUCGCCCUGAGCCCGUAUUCUCUCUCUGUCUCAGUGGUCACAUCUAGCCAAACAAGUGACCUUCACUUUCCCCAGCACAUUCUACUUCUUUCCUCACUAAUUUUUGAUAUUUCUCCACCACUUCCUUCCAUGUCCUCUGAGAAAACCCCCAUCUUGAACACAGCCUAUCCCAGUCAGUAUGUUUUUUUAGUCUUCACCCCAUCCAACAUAUCCAUUACAACUUAGAAGAUUUGUGUCUCAUACUUAGUGGCUGGUGUAGACAGAAUGGAAUCAGUGACAAUAAAAAUAAGUAUUUAAAACUUUCCAGUCUCUGCUUCUGUGACAGCCCUGUGCUGGUGUUUUAGUCUUUGCAUAAAUGUGCGUUCUACCAAAUAUGUCACUGGGUUGUGAUUUUUGAGGUUGCUCCCACAAGAUAUGCUAUGUUCCAGGACUCAGGGAAUUUUCACAUAUUUACCAACUGAAGAAUUUGUAGAACUAUCUAGCUUUAUAUUCAAAAGUUUUGUAUCCAAACACAAGGGCCAGGGAGGUGCAGAGUCCUGCACAAAUCCUUCCACUGGCCCACCAGGCCAAUUGGAACCAGCAGUUUUCUGACCUUCAGAGGCUUCUUUUCAUCUCCAGUUGGAGAAACAUGACUUUCAUGCUCUUAACAUCUUGGACGAUCUUCAGCCUGCAUCAGCAAUAGUUCAUCUAGGAAAGGGAGCGUUGUUUUGAGAACAUGUCUUCAACAAUACUAAGCAGACUUGAGUCCUUGAUGAGUUCAUAAAAUUGGAUUCCCUAUGUUUGGUUUUCUAUUCCAUGAUAUUCCAGGAAGUUCAGCAUCUAACCAUUGACUUUGGUAUAUUUCUGUUGAAAAGCUGCAUUGAUCUCUAAAGUAAUAACAAUAAAAGCCUUGGCAGUUAGGCCUUAACCUAACUGCACACGCUUUUGUGACUGCAUUAUGGUCUGCCUAUCUGUUUCAUGCAUCUUAUGAUCUAAACAUAGGUUGUCCUGAAAAGAAUAAUUCCUCAAUCAAUUUUUGAUGGGAGCUAUAUAAAACACACUUAGAAAGGUUUUUUUUUUUCCAAUUCAGUGAUAUUUAGUACUUCUGUGACAGGACUUGUAUUUUGAAUGCUACCAUUACUAUGAGAAAGUCAAAAAAAU